CCACGUGCUGUACCAACAUGACACUGAUCUUUGAAGGUUAAUGAACACUAACAAAUAUGUCUGUGUCUAAAACCACCGGCGGAAAAUCUCUGGACAUUGUGAGGAAUUUACCGCGGAUUACUCUAGCUAACCUUCGACCAAAUCCUGGUGCAAGGAAAAAUGAAAAGCGGCGGGGCCGUGGCUUGCAUGGAGGGAAUAAGAGCGGACGGGGUCACAAAGGUGAACGGCAGCGUGGAAACCGCCCCCGCCUUGGCUUUGAGGGAGGACAGACCCCGUUCUACCUGCUAAUUCCUAAAUAUGGCUACAAUGAGGGACACAGCCGUCGGCCGCAGUACCCACCACUAACUCUACGGAGGUUGCAGUAUUUAAUAGAUCUCGGUCGUGUGGACCCUUCCCAGCCGAUAGACCUCACACAGCUGGUUAACGGCAGAGGAAUUACCAUUCAGCCACUCAAACGGGACUAUGGUGUACAACUCGUAGAGGAGGGAGCUGAUAUAUUCUGUGCUAAAGUAAAUUUGGAGGUUCAGAUUGCUUCUGAAGCUGUCAUUGCUGCUGUGGAAUGCAACGGUGGUGUAAUCACAACCAGCUACUAUGACCCUCGCAGCUUACAAAUCCUUGUCAAGCCAGUACCGUUCUUCAUGUCCGGCCAGCCCAUUCCCAAGCGAAUGCUUCCUGGUGAAGAUAUUCUUCCCUACUACACAAACGCUAAUAACCGCGGUUAUCUUGCUGAUCCUGAGGACAUCAAGGCAGCACGACUUGCACUGGCAAAGAAAUACGGCUACACGUUACCAGACAUCUCGGUGGAAACAGCGUGCAAAAUGUUAGCAGAACGGAAGGACCCAAGACAGAUCUUUUUUGGUUUGUCACCAGGCUGGGUGGUCAAUUUAGCUGAAAAGAAAAUCCUCAAACCCACUGAUGAGGAUGUAUUGAGAUAUUAUGGUUCCUAAAAUUCAAUGUUUUUUUGUGUACAUAUGUAUUAUUGUUUCGUACAUAAUAAAUAAAUCAUGACUUAAUGGUU